AUGGUGCAUGUUGUUGCUGUGGCCGGCGGUCAAGGAGAUGUCGGCAAGACAAUUGUUGAGGUUCUUAGCCAGAAUCAACAAAACCGGGGUUUGGUUUUACCUCGCAAGAAGGUUGAUGAUGAGUCCGCGAUUUACGUGGACUACACCAAUGUAACUCACAUUCGCGAUGCCCUUGAGAAACACAACGUGGAAGUCGUUAUCUCCUGUCUGAACGUCAUCAGUCCGGAAGCAAGUCAGGCAGAGGUCAAUUUGGCUCGAGCCAGUGACUCUUCCAGUACAACCCACAGAUUCAUAGCUAGCCAAUGGUCCAUUCCAACACCCCAAGGGUGA